AGCAGGGAGCGGAGCGGAGCAGGGAGCCAGGCCAGGUCAAGCUGCCCGGCCUGUUUACACCGGCUCGGCGCGUACUACGGCGGCGGGGGCGCUGGCGGGACUACCGUCGCGCUCGUCCCCCUCCGUCCUGAACCGCGCUGGCAGCACAACUCUCCCUUUACCGAAAGCGAAGCGCUAGGAUCGGGCGGCCGUUCCCGGGCCCUUUCCCGUCGCGGAGGGGAGGAGGGGUCCCGGCUCGCUCGGCUCCGUUCCCCCCCGUGGCGGCGCAGUGGUUCAUCCCGGCGCGCUGUGAUUGGCUGAGCGGCGCGAGGGGCGGGCAGGGCGCGCUUUUCCGCCCUCCGACGCGGCGGCGCGUGCCCCCUCGCCCGCCCGGCGCAACCCGGCGGGGGGGGGGGCGGCGGCGGCGGCUCCGGGACCCGACCCCCCGACCGGGACCCGGCCCCGAGCCCCCCCGCAGCGGCGCCAUGGAGACGGCGGCGGCAGACGGCGCUCGCCGAGGGACACAAAGGACGACGAGGCGGCGGCGGGCAGCGCGGAGAGGCCCUAUGGCGGUAGCGGCAGCGACGGGGCCCGGCCCCGGCGGCGGCGACGGCGGCAAAGGGACUCCCCGGUACAGCCUGCUGGCCGAGAUAGGCCGCGGGGCCUACGGCGUGGUGUACGAAGCGGUGUCGGGCCGCAGCGGCGCCCGCUUGGCGGUGAAGAGAAUCCGCUGCGACGCCCCCGAGAACGUGGAGCUGGCGCUGGCCGAGUUCUGGGCCCUGACCAGCCUGCGGCGGCAGCACCCCAACGUGGUGCGCUUCGAGGAGUGCGUGCUGCAGCGGCACGGCCUGGGGCAGCGCAUGAGCCACGGCAACAAGCGCAGCCAGCUCUACCUGCGCCUCGUCGAGACCUCCCUCAAAGGGGAGCGGGUGCUGGGCUGCGCCGAGGAGCCCUGCUACCUGUGGUUCGUGAUGGAGUUCUGCGAGGGGGGGGACCUGAACCGCUACGUGCUGUCCCGCCGGCCCGACCCCGCCACCACCCGCAGCUUCAUGCUGCAGCUGACCAGCGCCGUCGCCUUCCUGCACAGGAACCGCAUCGUGCACCGCGACCUCAAGCCCGACAACAUCCUGAUCACCGAGCGCUCGGGCAGCCCGGUGCUGAAGGUGGCCGACUUCGGCCUCAGCAAGGUGUGCGCCGGGGCGGCCGCCCGCGGCCCGCAGGGCGCCCCCGGCGGCGCGGCCCCCAGCCUCAACAAGUGCUGGCUCUCCUCCGCCUGCGGCUCCGACUUCUACAUGGCCCCCGAGGUCUGGGAGGGGCACUACACCGCCAAGGCAGACAUCUUCGCCCUGGGCAUCAUCAUCUGGGCCAUGAUCGAGCGGAUCACCUUCAUCGACGCCGAGACCAAGCGGGAGCUGCUGGGCACCUACGUGCGGCAGGGCGCCGAGAUCGUGCCGGUGGGGGAGGCGCUGCUGGAGAACCCCAAGAUGGAGCUGCACAUCCCCCAGAAGCGCAGGACCUCCAUGUCCGAGGGCAUCCAGCGGCUCCUGAAGGACAUGCUGGCCGCCAACCCCCAGGACCGGCCCGACGCCUUCGAGCUGGAGAGCAGGAUGGGCCGGGUGACGUGUGCCGCCUGA